AAAACGCAUUUCCUUUCAACUUUUACAGCUAUCUCCCUGCUCCUGCCCAUCACCGUUUGCCUCUUAAUCCACCUAACUGCCAGUGAAAUAUGCCGUAAAUUAGAUGAUACAAGCACAAUACUGCGUACAAAUCGGCAAGCAUUUCUAAGCAUAACAGAGGGUGCAGAGAAAUUUGGUUUGGAACUUUUUACAAAGAUAUCCGAUGCUGCGGGAAAUGAAGAUUUCAUGAUUUCGCCAUUUUCUGUGUGGGCGCUACUGCUGUUAUUGGUGGAGGCAGCAUCGGGCAGUACUUUGAAUGAACUGCGGACGGUGUUGCACAUAACUGAGGAUCGUCAGUCGUUGCGACAAGCAUUCAAUGUGGUACAGCAGUUCUUACAGCGCAAAACUUCCACCGUACAGGUGGAAAAUUUGCAGGCAAUGUACUAUGACGCUUACGAGCAAGUCGGCGAGGAUUACAAGAGCACGCUGAUGACUUGCUACUCCGCUAGGGUGCAGCAUUUAAACUUCAAUAACACUAAGAUAACAGUAAAUGCCAUCAAUAAUGCCAUUAACACCGAAACAAAGGGCCUAAUAACGAAUGCUAUUACGGAAGACUACGUAAAAGAUGCUAAUUUAUUGCUGACGUCAACGCUGUAUUUUAAAGGACAAUGGCAGUAUCCUUUCAACAAAAGCGACACGCACAGGGAAACCUUCUAUGACAUGAAUGGCCUGCCGAUUGGCGAAGUUGAUAUGAUGUUCCAAAUGACGCCAUUCAACUACACCAGACUACCUGAAUUACAAGGUCAUGUGCUCGAACUGCCAUACGGCAAUGAGAAUCGCUUAUGCAUGCUGGUGGUGCUGCCAAACAAAGGCAUCUCCGUCAACCAGGUGGUGCAUAAUUUGCAGACACUUGGUGUACGCUCAAUUUUCAGAAAGCUCGAAGAGGAUGCAUUAGGCUUCGAUGAGCAGGAGGUCGAAGUAUAUUUACCACGCUUCAAUACGGCGACAACAUUUCCUUUGAGAGGCUCAUUAGAGCAGUUGGGCUUAAGAGAAAUCUUCAAUCCACAGCUUGUAAAUUUCGAUAUUUUGUCGAAGCGCUUGUUCGUGAAAGACGUCGUACAAACCACAAAAAUCAUUGUCAAUGAGGAAGGCACUGAAGCGGCUGCAGUGGCCACAGCGAUACUGACUAAUAAAAUUUCGCCGCCAAAAUUCUACUUUAAUCGUCCAUUCUUGUAUUUGAUUGCAGAAAAGCGUUCGAAUUCAUUACUUUUCGCCGGACAAAUUGCGAAUCCACAAUAAUAAAAUUAAAUAAAUAAAAAAAAUUACCGAAAUGUAGUAUUUUUAAUCAUU